GUUAUAGCAAAUCUUCCAAAGCAAAAUUCGCUGUUCCAUGAGUGAGGAGCACUGCAAUCCGUAGAGCCGCACUGAGAAUCUGACCGGCGCUUCUUUGUGUGAGCUAUUGUAAAAGAGAUGGGUUGGACGAAAGAGCAGCUCCUUGCUCGUUUGCAGGAACUUCAGAUAGACUUUUCCAAGUAUGAACAUCCAGUUGUUUUGACAGUUGAAGCUCAGGCGAAGUAUGUUGGGCACAUGAAAGGCGCAUUGAGCAAAAAUCUUUUCUUGAAGGACAAGAAGCAAAGAUUUUAUAUUGUGUCUGCAUUGACGGAGACAAAGGUAGAUCUGAAAGUUCUGUCUCAGAGGCUUGGUCUGGGAAAAGGAGGUAUAAGAAUGGCCCCAGAAGAAGCACUUGGAGAAAUUCUUCAGGUGCCCCUAGGUUGUGUUACUCCUUUUGCACUCGUGAAUGAAUCGGCAAGGCAUGUUUCUUUAUUAUUAGAUCAAGGUUUUAAAAAUCACGAGUGCUGUUUCUUCCACCCAUUGUCUAACGACUCGUCAAUCGCACUUAAUGUUCGUGAUCUUGACAAGUUUCUAAAUUCAAUUGGAAAAACCCCUGCCUAUGUUGACCUGGAGGCUAACCCUGCAGUAGGAAAGGAUCAACCUCCAGAUCUAGCUAUGCUUGUUCCAUCUGAUGUGAAAAUCUUGGCUGAAACUCCAGAAAAACAGGGAUCCUCUCAAGGUUCUGAAAAGAAUCAUAUCUCUGUGAAUAACCAACCUACAGCUGUGACAGUGGCAAAAGCUGUAAAACCGUCCACUGCUUCCACAAAGGAGAAAUCACCUGGUGCAGUGCACUUGUCAAUCUCCUAUGCUGACCCUGACAAAUUUGUUGAAGAGAUUUUGGAGAAGACAAGAACCACAGUUCUUGCAGAGAUUACAGAGGAGAACAUAGAGAAACAUCGAGACCAACUUGCUACGAUGAUUUCAAACAGUAUAAGCAAACAACUUGGGUUGGAGUUGAAGAACAUUUCUACAAUAUUCAAGAACACGGCAUACACAGAAGGCUUCAAAGCUGGAAUUCAUCAUCAACCGAGGAGAUUGUAAAAUUAUUAACAUUCAUCACAAACAUAGAGACACCAAAUACUAGACAAAAAGUUGUUUGGAACACAUGGCAUGGAAUUGUUUGGCUGCAUUCUUUCAUAUGUAAUACGGCUUGAACUAAUGCCAUUCUUUAGUCUGGUCGACUUAGGGUGACAGUUUCGGAUUAUUACAAGAUUUCCAUUGAAUUCAUGACCCUUCAUGUUUUAUCAGUUAAGCAACCUUGAUUUGGUUCUGCUGCA